UCUUCAUCUCAAAGUGGUUGUAUAUAUAUCACCACUACUAUUAGGAUUUUAUUUCCUCUUUCCUUUCCUUCCAUUGGCUUUUCUUCCCAAAAUCUAUCAUCAAUUCAUCAUCGUUCCAGUUUGGAAACUAUAUUCCUUCUUUCAACUACAAUAGGAGAUUUAGCUUAAAUGAUUUACAUUCACGAAAUUGCCAUUAGUCUAAACUUAUCCAACCAAAGUUGAUCAAAUAUGAAAAUGAUCAUAGAAUGCUUUCUUCUGGCCACAAUCUUCAUCGUUUUGAUAUAUUCUCGAUCCUUUCUUGAUCAUGAAUUUUAUGUGAAUAGGAAGAUUGGAAAUCCUAUUCCCUCAACGGAAAUAAGUCGUCGAAAAGAGAAUAUUGGUUAUCAUCAGUUCCAGAAUUCUACAAGGGGGAAAAGCCCAUCAAGACCAUUGACUUCAUAUGUGGUGAACGUUGACAAUUUUGGAGCCGCAGCUAAUGGAAGUGAUGAUACUCAGGCAUUUAUGAAAGCCUGGGAAAAGGCAUGUUGUACAAGAGGAAGCAUUUUGUUGGUUCCAGAAAAAAAGGAGUACCAUCUUAAGCAAAUCAUAUUUGAGGGUCCUUGCGAAUCUGGUAUUACCGUGAGGAUUCAAGGAAAUAUCACAGCUUCUAAAGACAAGUCAGACUUUCAAAAAGAUCCAAAAUUUUGGAUUAAGUUCCAGAAUCUCACUAAUUUCACUGUGGACGGUGGAGGUGUCAUUAUUGGAAAUGGACAUGUUUGGUGGUCUAAGUCCUGCAAACUUAAUAAAAAACAGCCUUGCGUUCGAGCGCCGACGGCUUUACUUUUUUCUAAUUGCACCAACCUUAAAGUGAUGCUUAUUCAGAUUGAAAAUGCACAACAAAUGCAUCUCAAAUUCCUUGGUUGUGAAAAUGUUGAAGUAUCAAAUCUCAAGAUAAAAUCACCAGGGAAAAGUCCCAACACUGACGGAAUUCAUGUCACUGGUUCCACCAAUGUUCAAAUUCUAAACUCGGAAAUUGGAACAGGUGAUGAUUGUAUCUCCAUAGUGAAUGGAUCUUACAACAUUCGAGCCAUGGGAAUAAAAUGUGGACCUGGUCACGGAAUUAGCAUUGGAAGUCUUGGAAAAGAUGGAGAUGAGGACCAAGUGGCCAAUGUUUUAGUCAGUGAAGCAACUUUCACAAGAACGUCCAAUGGAGUCAGGAUUAAAAGUUGGCAGGGAGGGCGAGGAUACGCAAAAAAUAUUGUCUUCCAAAACAUCAAGAUGCAAAAUGUCAUGAAUCCCAUCAUUAUCGAUCAAUUCUACUGUAAUAAAGAACAACGUUGCAAAUUGCAGAAAAAUGGUGUACAUGUGGAGAAUGUUUUGUACAAGAACAUAACGGGAACAAGUGCUUCACGUGAAGGGGUGAUACUUCAAUGCAGUGAGACAUUUCCAUGUGAAGGUGUGAAACUGCAAAACGUUCAAAUAUAUCACAAUGGACGCAACAGUUCGGCUUCUUGUUCAAAUGUCAAUGUACUAGAAUUAGGAACAAACACACCUCAAUGUUCUUCAAAGGAACCUGGAAAAAUCAGAAGAUACAGGAAAAAGAGAAAAACGAAACAUAAUCAAGAAGAUAACCAUCAGAGCUGA